CAGGUGUCCCAGGCUUUUCUGGUGGAGCUAUCAGCUGCUGCUAUAAGACAAAUGUUAACACUUCCUGUAAUCUGGCGCAGGCGCGGCCGCUGGAGGGCGACCGAGAACCACAUGAGAAGGAAGUCGGAAGUUUGCCUCACGUGGCGGAUGUUUGUAUUAUUUUUGAUGGAGUGCUCAGAUGAAAGAGCCAGAACUUUAACGUCAAAAGAUCCCUAUCAGAUUGCACUUUAUUUUAUCUGGUGAUGUGGUCCAGAGAAAUAGAAGAAGAAGACGUUUGCAGUGGAAAGCUCGAUGGCGUCGUGGCAACAAGAGCCAGAAAGAAGCAGAGAAAGGGCAGCGAUACGGCGGUGCAGGGAACCAACGACAGCAGCGUGGUGAGCAAGGCUUCGGCUGCCGCGCAGGGAUACUUCAGGGACCCUUUCAUCCAGCACUUUGUGUGUAAAGUAUCUCGAAGAGCCCCGCUUAUCAACAGGGGCUACUUUGUGCGCUGGAGAGCUGUGGACCACUGUGUGAGGCGUUUCCUUCUCAUCACUGCGAAAUGUCCAAAGAGACAGGUUCUGUCGCUGGGCGCCGGCUUCGACUCUCUGUAUUUCCGCCUCUGUGCAGACGGAGCUCUGGACGGAACCGCCGUGUUUGAGGUGGAUUUUCCUGAUGUGGCUCGGCGCAAAGCUGCUCUGGUCACUUCUAAUGCAACACUGAGAGGGAUGUUGGACCCCUGCCUGUCUCCGAUUCCUCAACCAGGGCCUGUUUACAUGUGCAGCAGCCAGUACCGCCUGUUAGGGGUGGAUGUUAGGGAGGAAUCUCAGACGGAGGAGGCUCUGAGUGCAGCUGGUCUGGACUGGGCCGCUCCCACCCUGAUCCUCUCUGAAGUGGUGCUCACCUACAUGGAAACCCAACGGUCAGACGCCGUGAUCGGCUGGGCAGCAAAGCGCCUACCAUGGUCCCUCUUCGUGAUGUACGAGCAGAUCCGUCCCGACGAUCCCUUUGGCCGCGUCAUGCAGGACCAUUUCUUGAAGCUCAAUUCAACUCUGCACGCCCUGCAGCAGUACCCAGAUCUGUCGGCACAGAGGCAAAGGUUCCUGGACAAGGGCUGGGAGCGGUGUGUGUGUGUGGACAUGAAUACAUUCUACUUGGGGCUGGUCCCCCAGGAGGAGCGGGACAGAAUAGAAACCCUGGAGCCGUUCGACGAGCACGAGGAAUGGCACCAAAAGUGUUCCCACUACUUCAUCCUGACCGCAUCUCGAGGCGCUCUGAUGGAGCAGGCUCUGCUCAGUCAGGCCUCAGUACCGUCCGUCAGUCCGAGCUGGGGCUCCACACAGCUGAAGGCGAGCACAGUUCCGGUGUGUUUGGAAGGCUUGGGGUUGGCCUCUACCUGGAUGAGGUUAGAGGGGCUGCUGCUGACUGGAGGGUCCAGCAGAGGAGGCAGGGUGACGCAGCCCAGAUCCCUGGUCAGGGAUCAGAACGGCUGGAGGUCCACCAGCGUCGAAGCAUCAGCAGAUCUGGGCGUGCGGCUCUAUCACACGGUUACCCCCCUUCCAAGAGGAGGAGGAGCGGUGGUGUACGGCGGACGCUCCUCACCGCUCCGACCCAACUCCGACCUGUUUAAACUGACCUUUGACCUGUCCGCUGCCAAGGCACCGCGUCCAGACGCAGAGAAGGUUCAGGUGGAGCCAAUGGACUGUACGGGGAAUCCUCCCCCACCAAGAUUUAGACACACUGCCACAGUGGUCCGGCACAAAGGCAGACACUUCCUGUUUGUGUUUGGUGGAAAGAACCAAUCAGCUUGUGCUCUGGGUGACAGCAGCUUCCUGAGUCUGGACCAGCAGCACUGGACUGAGUUUCCAGUAGGGGGCGAUGUACCAGCGGCUCGCCAUUCACACUCUGCUUGUUCAUAUCUCGGCUCCGUUGUUGUGUUUGGAGGUCUGAGCCGAGAGGGUGAACCUCUGGGUGAUCUGAGCCUCCUGACGCCGACAGAACGAGGCUUCGAUUGGAUCAGAGUAGCUGUACAUCCACCUCCUGUUCCCAGGUAUUCUCACUGCGCGCAUGUGUUUGGUGAUAAGCUGAUUGCGGUGGGCGGAGCCUGGAUGCAUUCAGAUGGCGUUCCUGGCGUCGUCAUCAUCAGCCUCAGCACAUACAGCAGCAUGGAGUUCAGACUGGACACGAGCUCCGUGCCCUGGCCUCUGAUGCUCCACUCCUUCUGCUCUGAGCUGACAGACUCAGAAGAACUGGCUCUGCUCCUGAUUGGAGGAGGCGGGAACUGUUUCUCCUUCGGGACUCAUCUGAACCCUCAGCCCAUCUCUGUGUGUCUGCAGCCUAUCUUUGACUACCUGCAGCCUCCUGGGCUUUAAAUCCGGAUAUGUUCAUCGCUGGUUUUUCUGGGACAAAACAAGAUCUUUUUUCUGAGUUGUGAUAUAUUUAUAUGUAUGCAAUAUUAGGUAUUUUCAAUAAGGUCAAAUAAAUAAACCAAGCAUUCAAAUUCACAUGAUUUUAUGGGUGUUUCAGCUGAGCUCAGAGCUGAGUCCCUGAGUGAUGCAGGAAACUAACAAUUUCUAUCUUGGUCUAUAAAAAUCAGUUCAAAUGUUGUUCUGUUAGUUGUACAGAUAAAAUUGAGGCAAACUGACCUACCAACAGAAAAUAAGCUCUGCUGUGAUUGGUCAGAUCGAGUUUUGUAUGUACAUCAGUAACUGCGUUUCCAUUAAAAAUGUCUGCGAAAGUUUGUCAAUAUUCCUUAAAUGUCUAAAAAGCACAAUUUCACAAUUGCGGUGCUUCCAUCAAAUAAGAAACGCAAUUAAAAUCACACGUGAAUACGUUUUUUAACGUGAUUAAUCAUUAAA